AAGCAAGCCCUCGUGCUGCCGCAUUUGGAUCAGCCUUGCCAUUACGACCUGGAUGCGCGAGCACACUGACUUCCGCGGGUACCUGGAGCUCUACAAGUCUCGUCAAAAGCCUUGGAAGUAUUGAUGGCGGACGCCGACCAUGUGCUGGCACUCUCUGGUAAGCAGAGUCUGGUAACGUUGCUCGCUUGACUUCUGAUGCCAGAAUAAUUGGAGUUACUCUAUCCGUUGAACCCUGGACCGUAGGCAUCUGGACAGCCUACACGAAGCGAAAUAGUUCAGCUGGAGCUUCAAUGGACCUCGUGUAGGCCUCCAGCGCGUGGACCAGAACGCGGGGAUACAGAAGAACAAAGCUGUGCAAGUCAGAUAUAAAAUCCUACGUCUUUUCUUCAUCCAGUCCCAUCACAACACUUUCGUUACAGUUGUCAAGAUGUCUCGUCUUACACAGUUGGCUUCGCUCCUCUCGCUGGCGUCAGUCGGCUUUGCUCAGACUCCCAACAUCAUUCCCUUUCAAGUCACAGGAUCUCUUGAUGCCUGCACAGCUGGAUCCGAGUACAACGCGGGAGGCACCAUCAGUGUCAAUGAAUUCACAAUCACUGUUCCGAAGAAUAUGAUUGUCCAAUUCCCCGUUGUAUACGCUCCCUUCCCCAAACUAUGCAGCGCAGGAGCUGGAGGCUUUGAAACCACCGUAACUGGCAACAUCAUUGGCGGCAAACCUAUCGCAGGACAGAUUCAAGUCGCAGCCAGGUUCGGUCUUGAAGGCAGUCAAGGCUAUAUUUCUGCAAUCAACGAUGGCGUGAUUCAGAUUGCUGGUGGGCCAAGGGUCAGAAUCAACGACCCUGACGGCAUAUUUGCGCCCAAGACUACGGCACAGCCCUACUUCAUCGCUGACACAGAGAACCCAUCUGUCUCGUCCUUCUCUGGAUUCCCUAUGUGCAUUCCUCACGCAGGCAAUGCAGAGACAUGCAAGGACUCAAAUCGCCCGGCUGGGCAGACAAACUUCAACGCGCCCGAUCCACUGAUCAUGGUCCCCUUCAAGGUCGGCGAUUUCAUCGAAUACUCUGGACUUAGAAACAACGGAGAAAUUUUGGCCUAUAGUGUGACAGCAAUCAACGUCCAGGUUACCACCCAAGCCUCGGACACCGUACCCAACUACAUCCGCGUUGAAGACAUGCUCAUCGGUGUUCAAGAUACCGCUGCCAAUGUUGAGGUCGCUGACAUCCGGGUCAUUGGAUUCCUCUCCAGCUGCUCUGGGGCUGUAGUGACAAUUAGCGCCAUCGACGUCGACCCAUGCACUGGUGCAGAGACUUACCGCCGCAUUGGUUCUGCCACACCAAGGCAAGAAACUCGCUGCAAGUGGGAAGCUCGUAUUGCUACAACCACGCCCUAUACCCGCGAUUACCUCAUCACUACCAACACCCCAGUCACUGAGACUAAGAACGGCAUCAAGGCCGGUCAGUUUGUCCAGGCUGUUGGCGAAUGGAUCUUCCCUGAAGUCGACGUGCCCGGAACCAACCCACCACCACUCAUCUUCAACGACAUCCAGGGCCUCGUUCAGGGUGACUUCUUGGACGAUCAGCAGUUCGGACAACUGAGCCCAUUCCCAGGAGCUAACCCACCUGCACCUCGCAAGCAGUGCAGUCCCAGCGACAUUCCCACCAACAACCCCACGACGCCCACCACUGGUGAUCCUUCCAACCCCAAUGCGCCCCAGACCGUGCCUGUAGCAGCUGCUGCACAGUUCGCUGCUGUGCAACGUGUCGGCGCGCUACUCUCAUUAGCAGGUUCUAACACCGCGCAGGAGCUCAACAAUGAUCAGCUCAACUUCAACUGGACCCAGACCACUCCUGCAUCACCUGCUAUCAGCAUCACAAACCCCACCUCGCCAACUGCUACCUUCACCGCACCAAAGGUCACCACUCAGACGACUUUCAACUUCACUCUUACUGUCAGCCUGAAGUCCAACGCCACUGCCAGUAGCAAGAUCGUGGUCCCUGUCAACAUUAGCCCCACCGCACCUGACGUCGUUACCAUCGACACAUACACAUGGGAGUCCCGUCAAUCUGGCACCAUUUCAGUGUCGUGUAGCUCCAACGUGCGCAAUGGCGACAAUAAGAAAAUGACGCUCCUGGUUAACGGUGUGACCAACAUCCCGAUGGCUGUCAGUGGCGGCAACGGCCGGUGGGCGUACACGGCGAGGAGCACUGCUCGUCCCACCAGGUUGCAGUGUGUGUCCGAUCUUGAUGGUAAGAGUGCGGAGAGGACUGGUACGCAGACGACGAGGCGCAGGAGGAGAGGUACUUUGAGUCCCUUUUAGAGGGUUUGUUGGAAAGGCUUGGGGGUUUGGAAGUUUUACUGUAUAUAUUGUGCGAGAGGCCGUUGCCGCCAUGACUGUCCUUACUAGAUUUAUGAAACACCA